AGUUGCCAACGUAAUUAUCUUCUCAAGGGUUAAAGUUCAAAAAAACAAUAUUUUGUGUUUCUGUGCGGUUUUUAACACUACCCGGACUCAUUUUAACAUGUCUUUACGCAAGGAAGUGAUUCAGCUUUACAAAACAUUGCUGCACCUGGGGAAAGAUUAUCCGUCUGGUUAUGAGUUUUUUCGAACGCGCUUACAUAAAGCAUUCAUGAAAAAUAAAGAUGAGAAAGAUCCAGAAAAAAUAAAGAAAAUGAUUGCCCAUGGGCAGUAUAUAGUGAAAGAGUUGGAAACGUUGUACAUGCUGAAGAAGUACAGAACUUUAAAGAGGAGAUAUGAUCUGUGAUUGAUGAAACACACACACAAAGUGGUCAACAGGACGAGUGAUAUGAUUUAUUUAUUUUUUGUCUACUUAACAAGAGCAAGGUUGCCACAUUUUAUUUAAUUUCACAAUAUAAUAAUAUUAUCAUACUUAUUGUUCUUUAAUAACAUUGAAAAAUUAACUAUACAAUGUAAUAAUAAUGAUAAUAAAGUGCUAUUUUGCUAUGACUAGAUAAGGAAA